AUGGCAGGCCCAAUCAGACAGCAGAUUGACCUGGACAGUCUAGCGAAAUACAUCGAUCAGACCGUCCCCAAAAUCAAGACCCCCCUGGACGUCAAGCAGGUCAGCCCCCACCGGUCGUGCCUCUUACCAGAACACAGCUCGGGACAACUCUGACUCGCCUUCGAUGUAGUUUGGAUAUGGACAAUCGAACCCAACAUACCUCCUCACCGAUUCCACGGGCGCCAAAUAUGUCAUGCGCAAGAAGCCUCCGGGCAAGCUCCUCUCCAAGACCGCCCACCAAGUCGACCGCGAAUUCCGUAUCAUAAGCGCCAUGCAGAACACCGACGUCCCCGUGCCCAAGGCAAUGUGUCUGUGUCAGGACGAUAGUGUGAUUGGAACGGCGUUCUACAUCAUGUCCUUCCUCAACGGCCGUAUCUUCGCCGACCCCUCCCUGCCCGACGUAUCCGCAUCAGAUCGGACAAAGAUGUGGAAAUCGGCCGUGACAACCCUCGCCAAGUUCCACCGAAUCCCGCCCAAGAGCGUAGGAAUGUCGGACUUCGGUCGGCCAGAUAACUUCUAUAACCGCCAAAUCAAGACUUUCGCUACCCUCUCCGUAGCCCAGGCAGAGACAAAAGAUAUCGAGACAGGCAAGCCAGUCGGAAAGAUCCCACACUACGACGACAUGGUCGAGUUCUUUCGAAAUCCAGCAUACCAGCCCAGAGACCGCGGGACUUUUGUCCACGGCGACUACAAGAUCGACAACGUCGUCUUCCAUAAAACCGAGCCCUACGUGAUAGGCGUGCUGGAUUGGGAAAUGGCCACGAUCGGCCAUCCCAUCUCCGACAUUGUCAACCUCACAUCUCCUUUCGCGACGGCCGAAAACGACCUCGCCACAGCAGCCGGUCGAAGCAACCAUGCGUUCGCCCCAGGCGUUACUCCCGGCUUGCCCACAAAAGAACAAUGUUUGAAAUGGUACCAUGAAGUUGUAGACUUUGAGAUCAAACCCGAGGAAUUGACGUGGGGCGAGGCUUUUGGACUGUACCGGGGUGCUAUUAUUUGUCAGGGCAUCGCGGCACGGUAUGCCGUUAGGCAGGCUAGCAGUGAGAAAGCACGAGAUUACGGUGUACAGAUGCAUCCCUUUGGAGAACUGGGGUGGCAAUUUGUUCAGAAGGUUAAGAAGCAAUCUGAUGAGGCUAACGGGAAGGCGAGGUUAUGA